AUGUCCGCACCGAAAGCUCUCUACUUGACCACCGCUAAAGGAGCAUUCACGGUAGGGGUGGCUCCCAUUAGAAAGCCCGGUCCAGGGAAGCUUCUCGUUAAGAUCCAUGCCACUGCUCUCAACCCUGCCGAUUGGAUACGACAUGCCCUUGACAUCAUGAUUGACAAGUACCCGACGAUCCUUGGCGAGGACCUCUCGGGCACAGUCGAAGAGCUCGGAGAGGGCGUGACGAGCUUUAAGGUUGGCGACCGCGUCAUCACUGAAGCCACUUUCAAUGUACUGGAGGGCGCAUCGUUCCAACAGUACGCGCUCGCGACUGCCAACCUAACAGCCAAGAUUCCCGACUCGCUCUCAUUUGAAGAGGCAGCUUCAAUUCCUCUGGGUAUCACGACAGCAGCAAUAGGACUCUACAGCAAGGUCGGGGGCGCUGGACUAUUCCCACCCUGGGAGGAAGGCGGGCGCGGUCUUUAUCGAGGAAAGCCAAUCGUCGUGUUCGGGGGAGCCAGUUCCGUUGGCCAAUUUGGUGUGUGGCAGGAAAUCAUCGUUCGUCCCGUCGCCGACUAA